UUAAUCCUGGUAACCUCCAACAUGGCGGCGAGGGGCCAUGUGCAAGACCCUAACGACCGGAGACUUAGACCAAUAUACGACUAUCUUGACAAUGGCAACAACAAGAUGGCCAUUCAGCAGGCUGACAAACUGCUUAAGAAGCACAAGGACUUGCACUGUGCCAAGGUCCUGAAGGCGAUUGGCCUACAGAGAACAGGCCGACAGGAGGAGGCGUUCUCAUUGGCUCAAGAGGUCGCCAUUCUGGAGCCCACCGACGACAACUCCUUACAGGCACUCACCAUACUCUACAGAGAGAUGCACCGACCUGAGCUUGUCACUAAGCUGUAUGAGGCUGCAGUGCGUAAAGUACCCAGCAGUGAGGAGUACCACUCCCAUCUCUUCAUGGCGUACGCUCGUGUGGGGGAGUACAAGAAGAUGCAGCAGGCAGGAAUGGCUCUGUACAAGAUUGUGCCCAAGAAUCCCUACUAUUUCUGGUCUGUGAUGAGCCUGCUAAUGCAGGCCAUCUCUGCCCAGGAUGAGAAGCUAGCCCAGACCAUGUUCCUGCCUCUGGCAGAGCGGAUGGUGGAGAAGAUGGUGAAGGAGGAGAAGAUCGAAGCCGAGGCAGAGGUCCAGCUGUACUUCAUGAUUCUGGAGCGGCUGGGGAAGUGUGUGGAGGCGUUGCAGGUGCUGCGAGGACCACUAGGAGAUAAGCUGACCAGUGAACUGCAGUGUAGGGAGAAUAAGUGUAUGCUGCUAUACCGACGUCUGGAGAGCUGGCCUGAGUGCAAUGCCCUGUCCUACAAACUGCUGCAGAAGAAUCCUGAUGAUUGGCAGUUCUAUCUGUUGUACUUCGACUCCCUCUUCCACCUCAUGGACCAGAGCUGGACGCCCCCAUCUGAAGGAGAGCACUGUGCUGAGGGUGAGGUGCACAACGCUGUGGCUCAGGCGGUGAGUUUUGUGGAGGAGUGUGUGCGUGGGGAGGACGGCAAGGAGCAGCGUCCACUGAGGGGUCCGUACCUGUCCCGCCUGGAGCUCAUCCGACGCCUCCGAGAGAGAGGACUACCUGAGGCCUCCCAGCUAGGGGACCCUCUGGAGCUCAUGGUGCAGUACUUUGGCAAGUUUGGAGAUAAACCUUGUUGCAUCACUGACCUGAAAAUCUUCCUGGACCUGCUGCCACCAGACCAACAUAUGCAGUUUACUAAUCGUCUGAUGGAGGCGGUGCCGCUGGGCUCAGGUGAGGAGGGCGGGACUGCUGCAGGGUUUCCGGGCGACACGCGUGCUCUUCAGCGCCACCUGUGUGUGACGCAGCUGAGUCGCACCCUCGGCCUGCACCACGCCCUCGACACCAACAGCAAGCUGCAGCUCAUCACGCAACUCAAAGCCCACUACCAGCACGGCCUUCAGUUCGGGAAGUCGUGUUUGAAGACGGAGUUGCAGUUCUCAGACAUGUACUGCCUCAUGGCUGCACACGUCUACAUAGACCUGUGGAUGGAGACAGGGGACGAGACGAUGCUGUGGCAGAGUGUGUGUGUCCUGGAGGAUGGCCUGACCAACAGUCCCUCCAACGCCCAGUUCAAGCUGCUGCUCCUUUUGCUCUUCUGCCGCAUCGGAGCCUUCGAACCCGUGGUGGACCUGUACACCAGCCUGGACGCCAAGCACGUCCAGCACGACACCAUAGGGUACAUCCUCACGCGCUAUGCAGAGGCGCUGGGCCAGUUUGCUGCCGCCUCCCAGUCCUGCAACUUCUCCCUCAGGUUUUUCCACUCCAACCAGAAAGAUACCUCAGAGUACAUCAUCCAGGCGUACAAGUACGGAGCGUUCGAGAAGAUUCCGGAGUUUAUUGCGUUCCGGACGCGGCUGAAUCACUCGCUGCACUUCGCUCAGGUGCGGACGGAACGCAUGCUGCUGGACCUCUUCCUGGAAGCAGACGUCUCGUCGUCGUUGGAGGACAGUGUGAAGGCCAUGGCUCUGACUCCGGAGGAGGAUGACAUCCCCUGGGACUGCAUGAGGGACAACAGGGACCUGACGGUGCUGACGAGCUGGGACCCACCGGACCGGCAACUGACGGAGGCACAUAGGAAGCAGUCUGUGGAGGAGGAAAUGGUUUGGCUAAAGGUGCGCUCUCUGACGCUGCGUCUGAUUGGCUGCCUCGCGCUGUUAAGCCCCGCCCACCCCCCACAGAACUCGGAGAAGAAAACGAGCGAGAACGGCGUCGCCUCCAAACCCGCCACGCUGCACAAGCUCCUCCCCCAGCUGGAGACGGCCCUGCAAGAAGCGGCCGACUUCUCGCAAACGCACACAAAGGUGUACCCGGUGUUUGGUCCGCCCUCUACACGGUUGAGUGUGGCCCUGCAGACGGGCAGCUGCUCCUGUCAGCUCUCGGCCCUGAGACUCGUCCCCAGAGUACUGGACAUGGACAGUGCUGGCUUAGACGACUCAGCAGAGUCCCAGUCUGAGAUGGCCGGCAGCUUCAGAGCCCUACUGCAGCAGUUGCAGGACAUCUUGUCCAAAUGUAAAGGGGACCUGGUCGUGAUGAGUGACGGUCAGUGCAAUACUCACCCCAGCCUCCUGGAGGCGCUGGUGCUCUUUGUAGAGACGGUGUGUGUGGUGUUGUGGGUGGUGACGGUGUGUGCGGGAGUCUUGCGACCCUUGAAGGUCAGCGCCCAAAAGAAGAAGAAAAAGAAGAAAGAUAGCAGCACUUCCACACCGGUUGUGGUAAGCGGUUUUCUGGAGCUGGUUGGAGGCGUACAGACGGUGAUGUCACAAGCAGUAGAGCACCUACAGGAGCAGGAGACUCUAAUCACCGCCCUCAAGCUCGAAGGCCUGUCGUUGGACAACGCACAGGAGGAUGCCUCCAGUAUGCAGGCCGUGUUUGGGAAGGUGCAGAGCAGUUACCUGCGUUCGCUGUCGGAGCUCAGUGAGCUGCUGAAGAAGAGGAUGGACACGCUGAAGGCUCUGAAGAUCUGAGCGCGCUCUACACAAUGCCCUGCAACCCCCCCCCCCCCCCCCCCCCCCCCCUCCUAAUCACACGGCACUGUGUCCUGCCCAAACCCUAACCCAACCCACCCACCCACCCACCCUCUCCUGGGCCUCCAAUACGGACCUUCGUACAUCUAACUGUAACCAUUAGGUCAGCAAUCCCCCCCCAGUGUCUCACGUUUACGCCGGUUAUACAGUCACUCAUACAUGCUCGCUUACACACACACACACACACACACACACACACACGUAGUCGCAGACAUGGCGGGGGAGCCUCUGGCUCCGUCAUGUGGUGUGACGCAGACAGACAGACAGACAGACAGACUGGAGGAGCGAUUAUGUGAAAUCUAAUAGAUUAUUGAGUAUACUUAGGGCUAUGCUGUACAACUGUCCACAGAAGAAAUAUGAGAUACCUUUUAAAUGAUAAGUUGCUGAAUGUCCACCUGUGUUGACCUGAAUACUGACAGCCCAAUCAACCCCACCCACCCUAGACAGCCACCCCUAGCCCCACGCCCAAGCAUGUUGCGUCUGGAGGUCACUAGACACCCAGGGCCAUACUUCUGGAGGUCGUCUGGAGGUCAUCUGAAGUUUGUCUGGCCACCUGCACUGCCCUUUGGCUCGACUCUUCUGUGUAACUCUGCUGCAGCUCAGUGGCGCCCCCCUACAGGCAAAGACAAGAGCUGCAAGCAGCAUGGAGAAACGGCUUUGUGACAGUGGUCAUGAGCACCAACAGCCAAAUCUCUGACACAAGCAGCACAAGACACACACACACACACACACACACACACACACACACACACACACACGCACAAAUGAACACAGUCACAUAGUCCUCCACCCAUAAUCCAUGUGUGCGUAAGCGUUGAUACACAGAAUGUAGUGAGUUCUAAAUGCGUACGGCGUGUGGGCCAGGACUGGUCAGCUGUUGUCCCUGUGUGCCCCAGAGAGAUUGCCAUUUCCCUUUCCAACCCCACCAUCGCCUAAGGACUAUGGUCUUCACCAACGCUUCCUUAUGGUCAUCAGAAUGAGACCUGACUGAGCCCCUUCCGGAACAUCAGUGGCGGUCAGUCCAGUAGCCACACCCCCAACCCUCUUCAGUGGCCCGUCCAGUUCUGGUACCGGAACACCCGGGACGCUAGAGGUCGGCACACUGCAGGUGCAUUAUGGGUGAAGACGACCGUGUGUGUGUGUGUGUGUGUGUGUGUGUGUGUGUGUGUGUGUGUAUGAUGGUGGGUGGGGGGCUGGUGCUGUAUCUGCAGGCUGAAACCAAGCUCGCUGAAGGAGGCACCAUCCUCAACCCCACCCACCCCCUCCACCCCAACAAGACGGGGGGAAAAAAACAACCUCUGAAUGCAUUUCUCUAUCCACAAUCACCACUCCUCCUCUCCAUGUCAACGUAUACCAAAAAAAGGCUUCUGAUGCUUGCCAACACAUUAGGAACUCUCUGUAACCAGGCUUGCAGUCCACCAGCAGGGGGCAUCGGUGCUCAGGCUUCCCAGAGGCCCACCGGGUGUGUGUUAGCCACGUAGCGUGUUAGCGUCAUCCUGCUCGUGAGUUGCAGUUGCCUAGAGACUCUUCAGCGGGAGCUACGUAGCCGCGUAGCGCUUAGCGUCCUCUUGUCUUUCAGCAAACGGGACGGAAGUGGAGAGUCUGCGGACUCGCGUGGACAGUCGAGUCUUGUUGUCCUCCGGUCAGAACUUUUUGGGCGUACGGGGGGAGGGAGGGAGGAGAGGGGGGGGGUCCGGUUGCAAGCUGAAGCCAGGACACAUGUGACAGUGGACUGAAGCAGCAACAACAGCCGCAGCAGAGAUGACUGUUAAGAGAUGCUUAUAAAUGGUCGACAAUCUGCUCAUCUCAUCGCUUACUUGUUUCCGUUGUGAUAGAAAAAAAAAAAAUGGACGAAGAAAACAAAAAACACUGGAAUGCCACGAGGAGUUUUUUUUUUUUUUUUUAAUAAAAAACUGAAA